GAGGUAUAUAUAGAGCAGCAUUUAACCAUUAACUUGAGAAUAUCGCCGAAUACAAUUAAAUUAAUUUCGAAAAAUCGAGGCACGAAUUGAAAAACUACAACAUCUAAAAUGAAACUCCAUUUACUUACCUUUAUUCUGAUAGGUUAUCUGAGUAAUUUAGAUAAUGUUAAUUCAAUGUUUAUGGAGUCCUUGAAAUCAUUCUCUCUCAACUUAUACAGGGAAAUAGCAAAAAAAGAAUCAGGAAAUGUUUUAGUAUCUCCCUUGAGUGCAAACUUAGCUCUAAGUAUGGUUGUACCCGGAGCUAGAGGAAACACAAGAAGAGAAUUACUCAAAGCUCUCUAUUUAGAAGAUCACGAUGUACAGAUCCAAUAUGAUUAUAGUAGUCUUUACUAUACGCUGACUAGAGCAGAACUUAUUGUUAUGAAUAAAGUGUAUCUUAGUACCAGACACAGAGUUAAACUAGCAUUUAAAAAUGUAUUACAAUUGUACAUACAUGCAGAAGGAGAACUAGUAGAUUUUUCUAAUGCACCACAAGCAGCACAGGAAAUCAACACAUGUGUGUCAAGAGAAACAAAUGGCAAAAUCAACAAAAUUCUGAGUGCCGACGAUUUGGAUCCAAAUACUGAUUUGGUUCUCACUAAUGUUGUUUACUUUAAAGGCCAAUGGCAAUACAAAUUCGAAGAUUUUAAUUAUCUCUACUUUAAUAGUGCUGACGGACAGCGUACUUUAGUACCAGGAAUGGAACAAGAAGUCAACAUAUCUUAUGCAGAUGUUCCUGCAAUAGGCGCACGUUUUGUGGAAUUGCCAUAUAAGGGCAGUAGUAAUAUUAUAAUGCAAAUCGUACUCCCCAACAAAGAUGUGAGUCUUGAAGAAGUUGAAACAAAAUUAGAAGCAAUGACACUCCCAAACUUGAGAAAUAGAGGAUCUUCAAAAAAAGUUUUGAUUUACAUGCCCAAGUUUAAAUUUGAAAAAACCAUUGAAUUGAUACCUAUUCUAAAAGAGAUGGGUGUUCAAGAAUUAUUCAGCGAUAAAUCGGAUUUAAGUGGAAUUUCACAGCAGUCGCUUAAGGUGGACAGAAUUAAGCAAAAAGUUGUAAUAGAAGUCAACAAAAAAGGCUCUGAAGCUGCAGCAGUUACUUCUGCUUUAUUUAGCGCCAGAUCUUUAAGUGGAAGAAUCGAUGAUAAACAAAUAACCUUUAUUGUUCAACGUCCAUUCCAUUUCAAAAUUAUCAAAGCAGGAGUUGAUGGCGACGGUAUUGUUUUGUUCUCUGGAAACUACAAAAGACCAGAAUAAUCUUGUUUACUAUAUUAAAUGCACGGGUAGUCGUAAAUACUGGUACGACUGUGAAGGAGAGAAAUGGAUGGAAUGGAAAAACCAGAUUGAAGAUAAGAGACAUAGAGGAAUGGUAAUACUAGAAAAUAACAAUAUCGUUAAAAGGAAUACGAUUAUUGUAGAUUGAAGACUGAUAGAAUUGGGUCGGUUGAAAUGGAAUAAAAACUAAUGACUCUGAGAGAAAAUCUUCAGUGUAUGGAAAUAUAAAAAAAUUUUUUUUAUUCUUAUUAGCAAUAUA